AUGGAUCCCAUCCAGAGGGAUGCGUCCGGCAUGAAGAACACCGAGACGGCCACGGAUCAGCAUUCUCCGGCCAGCAUGGGCGGAACCAGAACCGUCCUCUUCGCGAUGGGCGACCCGAACGCAGAGGCGUUCAACCCUUACGAACACCCCUUUCCCAUCAGGCCGCUGUUGACAGAGGCUAAGGCGGAGAUGGCUGGCACUCGCCAUUGGGGUGGAGGAGAGGCGCCGUUAGACGAGCAGCUGGAGAACAGCCUCGAGCGCGGAGACGAGGACGACUAUCUCCCGAAUCCGGACAAUCAUCCCAGGAGGUCUUCUUCAAGCAGCGUUACUACACCUUUCACCAGCCUCGCCCUCGCCCUCGACGUACUCUCUGAGUACUGGCGUUCAGAUCAAUGA